UUGACUUUGACAGUUCAUUUUUCAUGAUCUUUAGUAAACGUGAUUUAUUUUAUAUUCUAAGGUAAACGUAAACAAUCUUUAUAUCAAUAUAAACAAUAAACAGGCAUUAAACUCAUUGACUUAUUUUAAGCUAACUAAACUAAAAAUGUCGUUAAACAACAGGAUCUCCGAAAGAUUGUCCCAGUGUUACAGAGGAAAACAUCAGAUGCAAAACACAUUCAACGAACAGAAACAAAACACAAUUUCUGAUGAUGAAAAAAUACUGCUGCUUCAGUAUGCAAGCAAACAACAGUUAAAUAAUUAUUAUGAAUGUCAAGACACUGUUAACAAUUCAUUCCAUUAUAAAUGGGCCGAGGUGUCGAAAAUAUUUAAAGAAAAAGGCUAUAAGAGGGAACCUGAAGAAUUGGCAAAAUACUUCCUAUCAAUGAAACAUACAGCCAUGUCGAGAUUUAAAGGUUAUUUCUUUAAUAAAAAUAAAAGACCCACGAUACCAGGAGAUUAUGUACUUGCAAAUUUAUUUCCCGAGUAUUUUGAGAGUCUCGGUUUCGAUAUGAGUGAAUUGAUGACAGAUUCUAAAAAAUAUUCAAAGCAAAUACUGGAAUAUUUAGUCCCCAUUGAAGAUCAAGAACACCCUACUUUAUUGAAGGAUGUAGCAUCCUUAUGUAAUUUAAACGACGUAGAGUCUCAACAAAAUUUAAAGAGACCUCAUUCAGAGGAUGUCGAAGGACCUUCAAAUAAAAUCACCAAAGAAGUCCACGAAGACGAAGAUGUUUUGUACGAAAGAGUUUUGGAUAUAACACGAGGAAAAAACAGGAAAAACAAUGAAGACGAAGGAAAAACCAACAGUGAAGCUACUCCCUUACUAUCUUUAAUAAAGGAAAAUAAUUCUUUAACAGAUGAUAGAAAUGCACUUGAAGCGAAACUUCUUGCUGCAGAAAAGCAGUUGAGAGAGAAAGAUGAUGAGCUUGAACGCAAAAAUUUAGAAAUAUCACUUUUGAAAGAGCGACACGCGAAUGAAUUAGAAAUAGAAAAAAUUGAACAUUUAUUUUAUUAAAUUAAAUUUUAGUAUUA